GUGCCAGUUUGUCAACAAGAAAAACGAUGAUGUAACCUUACCAAUAAAUUUAUUUGCCAAAAAAACUACAAAUAAAAAUUAAUUGUCUAAAAGAACCCAAAAACUACAUAAUUAAAAAAAAAUUAUUUAAUUAAAGUUUUUCUUUGGCAACGUCAAAGAAGACAGCCAGGCCCACAAUCCACCACAAUAUUUUUGAUUUUUCAUCAUGUGCACGAAAACACAUUUGUUUCAAAUAUGUCGAAGGGUUGGAUUUAGUUCUUCUAAUAUUGGUUACCGACGUUCAGUGAGCUCCAAAAAUGACGACCUUAUAACACCUAAAGAUAAAUGUCUUUCAGGAUCUAUAGAACUAACCCGUAAUAUCGGUAUUAUGGCCCAUAUUGACGCGGGCAAAACUACCACGACCGAGCGAAUGCUUUUCUAUGCAGGUGUUAUAAGAUCUCCCGGUGAAGUUCAUAAAGGAGAUACGGUGAUGGAUUAUAUGGACCAAGAAAGAGAAAGAGGGAUCACGAUUGUGUCUGCUGCAAUUACGUUUCCAUGGAAUGGCCAUCAUAUAAAUCUCAUUGACACCCCUGGACAUGUCGACUUUACAAUUGAAGUUGAAAAGGCUCUUAGGGCUUUAGAUGGAGCUGUGGCAAUUUUAGACGCUUCUGCUGGUGUUGAGGCACAAACCAUGACUGUGUGGAGACAAGCUGAUCGAUAUGAAGUACCAAGAAUAAUUUAUUUAAACAAAAUGGAUAAAGUUGGUGCUUGCUUUAAUACUUGCAUCAAGCACAUUGAGAACAAACUAAAAUGCAAGCCUCUUCCAGUACACAUCCCUAUAGGUUCAGGAAAGAGUUUCAGAGGAGUUAUUGAUCUAGUUGAUCUUUCCAAGAAGGAGUGGAGUUCAAAUCAUAAUUCACUUGGAACAUCUUAUUCAACAAAGAAAUUGGACUACGAAGGCGAUCGUGAUAUUUGGGUUGAAGCUUCAGAACAACGUGCUGAUCUCAUUGAUAAGAUGGCCGAUCUUGACGAUAAUUUGGCAAAUUUGAUAAUUGAAAGAGAUAGUCUGCAAAAAAUUAACCCAGUUGAAAUGAAUCAAGCUUUACGGAGAAUUACACUUGCAAGAACAGGAGUUCCAGUGUUGUGUGGUAGUUCUUAUCGCAACAUCGGCGUUCAGCCGCUAUUGAAUGCCGUCACACAUUAUCUCCCAAGUCCAAGAGAUCGUAGCUAUGAAUUUGUUCAAUCAUACGCUGCGAACGCAGAUCUUUGCUCUUUGGCAUUCAAAAUUCAGAAUGAUGCUCAACGUGGACCGUUAACAUUUGUCCGAAUUUAUAGCGGUCAAAUUGAAUCAGGGCAAAAGAUAUACAACGUUUCACGCGAUACGACGGAAAAAACGGGUCGCCUAUAUGUGGCCAGUGCCGAUGAAUUGAAUGAAGUUCAAUCAUUGUCAGAAGGCAACAUAGCUGUAGUUACGGGUCUUAAAGGCACAGUCACCGGUGAUACCUUAACAUCUGGAGUUACAGCAAUGAAUGCAGCACGCCGUUGGUUGGCUAAGAAACAAGGAGUGUCAGAGGCGGAAGUCGCACCUAUUCUGGCUGGAGUUGAAAUUCCAGAUCCCGUAUUUUUCUGUUCUAUCGAAACAGCAUCUCUUGUUUAUCAAAAGAAGUUGGAACAUGCAUUGGAAAUGCUUCAACGAGAAGACCCUAGUCUGAAAGUAAAAUUUAACGAAGACACAGGUCAAACUAUCGUUUCGGGUAUGGGGGAACUCCAUUUAGAAAUUGUUUUAGAAAGGAUUCGGUCAGAAUAUGGAGUUGAAGCGAGUCUCGGAGCUUUUCAAGUAGCCUACAAAGAAACGGCUCUUAAUGAAAUUACAGAUGUAUUUAUUUUGGACAAAACGCUAGGUGGAACAAAACAGUUUGUUAAAAUGUCUAUGUCAAUUAAGCCAAAUCCUAAUGCACAGGGUGCAAUUCCUCUCGAAAAAGGAACGUCGAAAGAAUCACGCGAUCAACUUUCCACCGUGUGGGCCAUUCAUAUGAAAGCAACCGAACGCGGGGUUGCGAGCGCUCUUUCAUCCGGGCCGCUGUUAUCAUUUCCAGUCACGUGUGUUGAACUACAUCUUCAUUCACUUGAAGUAGGGCAUAAAACGUCUGAGCUGAUGGUUGCUGCAGCCGCGUCUCAAUGUGUGUCUCAGUUACUACGAAAAGGAGGUACAUGUUUAAUGGAACCAUUUAUGAAAUUGGAAGUGAUCAUUGAAGAACACUUCCUACACGCUGUUCUUGGUGACUUUGCCCAGCACCGUUCAGAUAUUCUCGAAGUCACUGAGCGUCACGAAUUGAAGGUUGUUAUAGCCGAGAGCCCGUUGUCCGAAUUGCGAGGGUAUUCAAAACGAAUCCGCAUCUUGACUUCUGGAACAGCUACUUUUAGCAUGGAAUUUUCUUGCUACAAACUAAUGUCACCCCUAGAUCAGAAGAAAGCUACAACAGAAAUCACGGGAAUUGAGAUGUAAUUAGGAUAACAAAUUUGUUGUUGUGUAAUUAAGCAUUUCAUUACAUAGUAGAUCUUUUA